AUGGACUUUCUGUCUGACGAUGGUGAGGGUGUAUUUGACGAGAGAGUCAGGAUUCGUAAGAGAAAUGUGCUUUCGAACAUCACAAAUAGGCUGGACGGAGUGAAGGAUGGAGGUAAAGAUGGGGAUAGAAAGGGUGCAAGUGCUGGCAAAGGAAAUGAUGUCUCAGAGCAGGAAUUGCUGAAUGGAAUUGGAUCCAGGGAUGUAGGUAGGGGAAAGGUUGUUUUCAAGGAUUUUAUUUUGGACGAUAGCCAAGAGCCGGCUGCUGGUGAAGACAGGGCGAAGAACAGGGGAGACGACGUACUGUUUAGGAUCCAGAAGGAAUUUGAGGAGCUGAAAGAGAUGCAUGGAAAAACAUUGAGGGCUCGAAGAAAGCUAAUAAAGGCAAUGGAAAAGGAGAUGUCUGAGAUAAGGCGAGAGAUGGAAGCCAAGCAAAAGGUAGAAAUAGAGAAUCUUAAAAAGCGGUAUGAUGAGAAGCUUCAGGAAAAACAAGAGGCGUAUAGAAGGAUUUGCAAGGAAAAGAUCCUUGAGUACAAGAGAAGGCUUGACGAGGCCUAUAGAGCAAAGGCUUUGGAACUCAAAGAAAGAUAUGGGGCACCAAGAAAAAAAAAGAGCUAA